AUGAGCUUGCUGUUAGGUUGUUUUCACCUUAUCCCGCUGCUGCUGGCGGCCUUGCUGACCCCCUUAGAGGUGCCAAAGAUCCGCGCCAAGCUCUUCGGCAAUCGAGCCAAGAAGCUGCUGCCGUGCUUGCGGGUGCCGGCCUUGCUGCGCCUUUCGGUUUUGUGGCUGCUGCAGGUUUGGUUCAUCAUCCUCUGGAGAGCGAGCAGCCCAGAGGUUUCAGAUGCUGGAGCGGCAGCUGCAAUGGGUGUCAUCGGUGACAGCAUUGCCAACUUAGCCACCGACGAGGUGUUGCAGCGGAUAUCUGUCGUACUGCCAUGUGCUGGCGAGGGACAGUAUGCCUUGAACACCGUUCGUGCAGUCUACGAGUCCGUGCCGGCGAACAUCUUGCAUGAGAUCAUCGUUGUAGAUGAUGGAUCAGAGCCACCACUGGCAGAGUCUUUCUUGACUCGCGAUGUGGUCAAUGUCUACAAGGUCACCAUCAUACGCCAUGCCCAAACAGUUGGUCUCAUUGGUGCAAAGAAGGAUGGUGGUGAUGCUGCCACCGGUGACAUUGUGGUGUUUUUCGAUUGCCAUGUCGCUCCGCAGCCCGGUUGGCACGAGUCCUUCCUCAGGCUGAUCGGUGAAAACUACCGCCGAAUAGUGACGCCGGUGAUAACGGACCUUGAUGUCGGGACCUGGCAGCAGAGGGGCGGCAACCAGGGACAGGCCAAGUGCUACUUGACCUGGGAUGCAGAUUUCAAGUGGUUCACUUCUGACGAUCCGUAUGUGCCCAUCCUAUCUGGCGGGCUCUUGGGCAUCAGCAAGAGAUGGUGGAAUGAAACAGGAGGCUACGACGUCGAGAUGGUCGGAUGGGGCGGUGAGAACCUCGACCAGUCCCUCAGGAGUUGGCUCUGUGGCGGAGAGAUCAUGAUGGCACAGGACUCGUUCGUUGCCCACAUGUGGCGCUCGUCCAGGGAUACCCGAACCAAGGCCCACUACAAAGUCCAACCAGGCGCCGCUGCACGGAAUAGACUGCGAGCUGCUGUGGCUUGGUUCGGCGACUUCUCUCAGAAGCUCUCGUCCUUCCCGGGCUUGCAGUACGAGAGAAGAAACGCAGACGGCACACCGUGGUACGGGAACCUGGAUAACAUCCUGGAGGUAAAAACCCGCUUAGGGUGCAAGUCCUUCGCCUGGUUCAUGAACCGCUUCAAGCACGUCUACGAGGACGGAGGACUGAUCCCAGCGGAGACCUUCCGCAUCGAGCGUGACGGCGGCCGGUGCCUGACCUACGAGGGCGGUGCUGGGACGAGUCCAGAUGGCAAGGGCACUGCGGUGCUUCGGCCAUGCUCCGGAGACGACGAGCGCCAGCGCUGGCACGGGGCCAACAAGGACCUGAGCCAGACUGGAAAGUCGUGUUGUAGCGGUCUGCGUGCCUGGAACACAGACCAGUGCAUAAAUGGAGCAUCCGGUGGGAAGGUCACCACCUUCGUUUGCGACAUCUCCGGAAAAUUGCUUCAACAGGCUUGGCAUUUUGACCCUUCCGGACAGCUGCAGAAGCAGGGGAGAGGGGGCUUCAUGCAAAGUACGGAGUGUAUAGUGUCUACGCCCGGUGACGAGAAGCUUCAGGUGCAGCGAUGCCCCAGCUCAAUUUCUUGGAAGAAGGAAGACGUCCAAGAGCCCGUGGAAGCAAAGCUCUACAGGGAGGCUCUCAUGGACCUUCACCUCGCUUAG